GCGACUCGCGACGCCUUGACGCGACCCCGGCCAUGGAUCGACUGCUGCCUUGACAUGUUGUACAUACGCGACCGCGAUCGACCGACUUCCAUCCAUGAUGCGUGCGAGGAUGAAGCCUAAUUCGCGCGCCGCCAACUGGGCCGGCGUCCGCGACGCUGUGCUCGGCCUCCUGCUCCUCGUCGCCAUCAAGCUCUCCGCUAUCGCCCUCGACCAUGGCUGCGCUCGCUAUGUGACGCUAAUUGAAUUCAUGAUCGACUCGGAUGACCAGUCGGGAAUCACGCCCAGGCCACAAGCAGCAAAGAAUUGGCACCCGUACAGGGACAUGGCGGAGUCCAACGUGCCCCAGGAGCGCCUCGAUGUCGACCGCUGCGUCUACUUGCACAAUCACGUCGUCGAGUUGGGCUGGGCUGGACGGCACCGCGACGUCGAGCCCAAAGAGAUCCCGGCCCGCCCGACGACAACGUGGUGGGAGCACUGGGAGGGCGUCGAGGCCGAGGUGGGGAACCUGGCCUACCUGCAAGAGGUCCUGACGCCGGAUGUGGUUGAGUUCCUGCACCGCGCGCAGAUGCCAGCCGAUGGCCUCGCCUUCUCAUACUUUCUUGAGGGGCUGGCGUCGCCGCAAGAUAUGGCCGAGCAUCUCCAGUCGACCUACGAAAUGUACGAGGAGACACGAUACCUGCUGCUGUACAUGAGGACUUGGACCGAGGAUCGGCUUGGGGUCGUAUUCGACAUGGACACCAACCUGGCGAGCUACGUUGACUAUUGGACUUUUCUCAACGAUGAACUAGACUCUUUCCCGCUCGAGCUCGUGUUGGCGACGUAUGUUGGCCUUGUGGAGAGUGGGAAGUUUGUCGCGCUUCCGCAAGCGGAGGUGGAUGCAAUUCGUGAGAAUGACUACUUUGGCCACUCCGAAUACAGCUCGCCGUGGGCCAUGAAGCCCUACGGCGAUAAAGCGCUCAACGACACCCUCGACUAUUUCAAAAAGCUGCUGAGGGCCAUCUGGGAGCGCAUGCCGGCCGAUGCAAAAACGGCGCAGGCCGAGCAGAGGAUGUGCCAGCGCCUUAUUCAUCCAGAGGCCCUAGCAGACAACCCGGACGUGCCAAAUGACAGCUUCCUGUACAACUUCCUCACCUGCGCCCCGGGGUGUCCUUUCCGCUACAUUGCCCCGGGCCUUGAAUGUCCCACACCAGAGAACAUUGCCGCCUUUCUGGAAGGGCCUCCGUGGCCGCCACCACCAGACCCAGCCAAGUACAGCCAGGGCCCGUCGGAGCAUCCAAUCCUGCUGUUUGGAUCGGACGAGGUAAUUGAAGACAAUGUCGACGGCGGCGGCUUCUACUACGUCGCGAACUCGACCCUGACCGGCAUGCGGGGUGGGCUGUAUCUCAACUCACAGACACACGCGUGGGACGGAUACCAAGACGGCGUGCGCCUCGUCACGCCCUUCCCCGUCGGGGCCAACGGAUUCGCGCGCUUCGGCGACAACAGGGCCAUCACGGACAAGCCGUACCGGUACGGCUCGCAAGAAGGCCCUGCCCGCGACCCGGAGGCCUACACGUCGCUGUUCCAAAGCGGGACCAAUCCGUUCAACGAUCCGCACCACACGCAGCUGAUGGUGCUGCUGCAGUUCUGGAUUCUGCUGGUGGAGAACGGGCUGUGGACGGUCGGGCCUGCGGGCGUCGAAGGCGGCAUGGACGUGUUCAAAAUGGCCGACGACGAAGACCAGUGGUGGAGGUACACGCUCAUGGCCGCCACGCCUUGAUUAACGCUCGUUCCGAGCCCCGAUGUGCCGAUGCCGGCUGCUCAUCUCAUCGCGGGCCUGGCCGUGGGUGCCCCGCUCGGCAUGACACUCCCGACGUUGAAACCGCCUGUUACCCGUGUGAAACUCUAAACCAAAACAUACGAGCUUGAUGCCGCGUAGGCAUGAAACAGAAACGACUACCGGAGAAACAAG